AUGAGCCUGACCUCGCGGGUGUUCGGCCUGUUCUCGACAGCGACUUCGGACUCAACGCCCUCCCCUGCGGGGGACCCGCAUAACUCAGCAUGGUCUUCAGAUCGAAUGGGUGGAAUCCACGGUGCCGAACUGGUGCCGGAGGAGGAAGAGGAAGAGCCUCGACCACCAUAUCUACACGCUAUGUUGGCUGGAGGCAUUGGGGGAACAUGCGGUGACAUGUUGAUGCACUCACUAGACACAGUCAAGACUCGACAACAAGGCGACCCGACGCUUCCGCCUAAAUACACUUCGAUGGGACAGUCCUAUGCAACCAUCUAUCGCCAAGAGGGAAUAUGUCGGGGAUUAUAUGGAGGAGUGACGCCCGCCCUGCUCGGCUCGUUUCCCGGCACCGUGAUUUUCUUCGGCGUGUACGAGUACACCAAGCGAUUGAUGAUCGACUCCGGCAUCAACCCUAGCAUCGCCUAUCUAUCUGGUGGUUUCUUUGCGGACUUGGCUGCGUCGGUCGUCUAUGUGCCAUCCGAGGUGCUGAAAACCAGACUCCAGUUGCAGGGCCGACACAACAACCCGCAUUUCAACUCGGGUUAUAACUACCGCAACAUGAGAGAUGGUUUCCGCCAGAUUGUUCGGCAGGAAGGAUUUUCAGCAUUAUUCCACGGCUACAAGGCUACGAUCUUCCGCGACCUCCCUUUUUCAGCGCUACAAUUCGCAUUCUACGAGAAAGAACAAUCAUUGGCGAAACACUGGGUUGGGAAACGAGACAUUGGACUGGGCUUGGAGAUCCUGACAGCCGCCACCGCCGGCGGUAUGGCUGGUGUGAUCACUUGUCCCCUGGAUGUAGUCAAGACGCGCAUUCAGACCCAGCAGAACCCGACAGAUUCACCACCUGGUUCUUCAGGCGCAAAACACGCCGUUGAACACAUACCCAAAGAAAGCCCUCGACCACAUGCAUCCUCAUCAUCACCUUCCCGCCCCUCACGACCACACUCGCGACCCAUCUCCACAUCAGGCGCAAGUACCACCAUCCCACUACCCGGCGCACCCCGACUCGACACCUCCUCUGUGUUCACCGGCUUGAAGAUGAUCUACCGGACAGAAGGAAUUGCGGGGUGGUUCCGGGGCGUGGGCCCACGCGGUGUGUGGACCAGCACACAGAGCGGGACCAUGCUGGUUAUGUACCAGUACCUGCUCAAACAAUUUGAAGCCUAUCAGUUGGAGCGGUCUUUGUAA